CACGAUAUCAAAGGAGAUGUUUAUAAACACUUUGUCUAUUUUAAAUAAGUGUUCUGUGCAGUAAUUAGGAACGUCACUUCGCCAUUUAAUGUUACGGGAUGUCUGCGCAAGAGGUACCGAUAACAGAAUUGCAACAAGAAAAAACAUGGGUAGCGUGCGUAGGCGACUUUGCGAUUUUGAAGGAAUUCUUUGCACACAAAAGACGGCGAAUUUGGCACGCGGUGCAAUUACUUGAUGCUUUUCUACGUGGAUUUGGACAAAUCGUUUUUGCGAAUAAUCCUCUCAGCGGGCUGCUGAUAAUAGUUACCUUGGCUGCGGUAGCACCAGGUACAUUGGCGUUGUCUGCGGCCACCGCCGGCCUUGGCCUCUUACUGUCCGUGCUCAUACGAGAACCCGACAAUAUUGUAGAGAACGGAGUAAGCGUCUUCAAUCCUUUACUAGUUGGAGCGAUAUCGUAUGCUCUGAUACCGCAGAUUUAUGGAAGUUUCGAUUCCUUCAGCUUUUUACUUGUGCUCCUGGCGACGAUACUCAGUGUUUAUCUCUCGCGGUCCCUGAGAAGCGAUAAAUUCUCGUGCAUAGCGUGGCCAUUUAACUUGGUGGAAUUUGCGUUGAUUUUCGCCCUCUCAACGCAGAAUGGCGUGGACGUGGUAGCUAAAUCUGUGGAACCAAUGUUUGAAAUGGACAAUGCAACAAGUGAGACAACGACAACGGACGCCGCCGGAUUCUACGAGCAGAAUGCGACCAGCGUUUACAUCGACUGGGGAAUGGUUGUACGAGGCAGCGUUGUCUCCGCGUCACAGCUGUUCGGAGUCGAUAAUGUGAUCGUUGGAGCUAUCAUGUACCUGGCAAUGCUAAUAUACUCGCCUGUAACAACCGCAUUUUCGUAUUUCGGUGCUCUUUGCGGAACAUUCGCAGGCCUGGAACUUGGAGCGGAUAAACACAGAACCUACAGCGGGAUGUGGGGGUACAACAGUCUCUUGACCGGGGCUGCUUUGGGUGGAAAUCUGUUGGUGCUGAACGGUCAAACGGCCGCCGCCACCAUCAUGGCGAUUAUUUACACUCCACUCCUGCAGUACGCCAUAGAAUCGAUAUUUGUAAAAAUGCAGUUACCGGUACUGUCGCUACCGUUUGUGAUAGCGACUUCGUUAUUUCUUAAAUUGAGUGAAGGCAGGGAGGAUCCAACAUUUCCGUGGCCUGUAUCAGUAACCUUUCCUGAGAAGCAACGUUAUUAUUAUGUCACACGUCGUGCAUUUCAAAAGGAAGGUACUGCGGAAGAACUUGAGCUCGUCACCGGGAAUGAAAAGAGGCCAAUCCCAUCGGAUAAUUAA